AUGGAGCUGCAGGCAUUGCUAGUGUUAUGCGGUGUCGGUGUGGCCGGUGUAGCUGUUGUCCUUCUUAUGGGACUUUUCUCCGCAUCUGGAACUAGUUACGAGGAAGCCAUAGCCCAGCAACGUCGUGCCACCAAUGAGCUAUUAGCGCUGGCCGACAACAAGAACAAAUCAAAAAAGACUAAUAAGAAAGCUAACAAAAAGUUGGCCAAGAAAGAAAAGAAAGAGGCAGCGGCUACCGGCAGUGAGGUUGAAGAGGCGACUGUUGAAAGUUGUGCCGAAGAUGACUCGGCAGUUCCUAAACCGCAUGUCGAAUUCAGUCCCGAUGUUGUUGUCGAGCAUCCAGCAGAAACUCCAAACAUCAAAAUUCGCAAACGCGGCAAGGAUCCUAAAGUUAAACCGAUAUUGGUUAACAAAGAGGAUCCAAGCUGUGUUAGCGAUCCCAGCGCCGCUACCACGCCGGUGGCAGAGGUGGCAAACCAUUUUGAGGAAAUGCACCCCAAGGACGAAAUUGAAUUAUUACAAUCUACGUUAGAAAAAGUGGCUGAGAAAAAAGAGGAAGUUGUUGAAAAGAAGGAAUCCAAGACAAAACAGGCGAAGGGAAAAGUAACAAAGAAUGAGCCUGUUAAAGAAGAACCAGCCAAUGAACAGAAGAAUAAUACAGAAGCACCUCAGGAACAAAAGAAAGCUAAGAAGGUUGAGAAGAUUCCGGAAGUGAUUGAGGAAGUGGUACCACCACUGAAUCCUCCUCAGCCAAGUGAGCUUACCACCGAGAAACUUUUGAAGCAGGUCCAAGUCACCACUCACACCACCACCUCACCGCCUAAGAACAAGAAGAAGAAACCAGAACAGAAUGUACUGGCUAUGAUUGCUGGCGAGGGAGGCGGCGUGGCUGUCAGUGAAUUGGUUCGUGUCGUGAGAGAGGCGGCCCUAUCUAGGACUGAAAUACAGAUUCUUACCGACGCUCUGCUGAAUAAACACCAUGAUCCAUUGCCGCAGCAUUCCGAGUGGACCGAGGGACCCAAUGACCCCAUGCAAAAGCUGAAGAAACAGUUGGCGGAUAAGGAAAAGGCAUUGGCUUAUGAGAUUGAAGCGUCCCAAGCAUUACACGCCAAGCUGAAAGAAUUACGGGCCAGUCUUAACGCGGAGCGAGCGCGUGGCGCUGCUGCCGGGCGGGCGGCGGAGGCUGCGGCGACCACAGCGAGGUCGGAGCUCCACACACUACAGGGAAGAUUACAAAUGGUCCUUGAAGAUAAUCAGAAACUCACACAAGAGAAACUCGUGCUUCAAACUAAACUGAAUGAAGAAAAUGAAGCACAACGCUUGCAAAUGGAUAUGCACAUACAAAGAUUGACUAAGUCGCAGUCAGACUUGGUCGGUCAGUUGGAGGUAUUACAGGCUCAUGCCACAGAGCUCGAGCAACAGUUGCAGGAGUCUCAACUCGCCUGCGGUAAGUUGGAGGCCCAACGGCAGGCGGCUGUUCACGAACUUCGUCUAUCAGAACAAGAGUGUAGAGAACUUAUCAUGAAACAUCUCAAUACAGAAGAAUACAGGAAACAUAUCGUGCACUUGGAAAAGUUGCAAGGAGAAUCCGAGAAAGAAAAACAAGAGAUGACAAAGGAGAUUUCAUCGCUUAAGGAACAGUUAUCGGAGCUUGAAAGCGAAUUGGCUGAACUUAAACAAUUGAAAGCUUCACCCGCUCAAAAUGGUCUGCCGAAUAGUAUUACGGACGAACAGAAGGCAGCUGAAUUGGCUAAGGUUGAAAGUGUGGUUGAAUCACUAAGAAACGAGCUAGCAUCAGCGCAGAAGAGUAGCGCUGAACAGAAGCAACAACUGGCGACGCUACAGGAACAACUAGACGCUUACAAGGAUAAGAAUAAUGAGUUGCGAAUUAAAAACUGGAAAGUAAUGGAGGCGUUACAAAACGCGGAAAAAUCGAUCAAGACAGAGAACAAGAGACAGGAAAUAGACGAAGCUAUAGAAAAGGCUCAGGAGAUGCAUUUUAACGAAGUGGCCAAUGUAUUGAGAAAAGUCUACCCCGUUGGAGCGCCGAACGGAAACCCCAGUAAGGAAUGGCUCCAGACCUUCGCUGAGAACCUCAAGAAGGAUUUAGAAGAGAAGGAAUCACAGAAGAAACAGAUGAAUGAAAUGUCCACAAAAUUAACACAGAAGGAUAAUGAAAGGAAACAGUUGGAAAUGGAAUUACAGAAGAAAUUACAAGAAAAAGAACUAGUUGUGAAACAAAUCGAGGAGAACAUGAGACAGCAGAUACAGAAGAAAGAGAAAGAAUUACAGAUUAAAUUACAAGAGAAAGAGAAUGAAAUGCAGAAGAGAGUUGUGACAGAAGUGAGGACGGAACGAGUAGAAGUUAGAGAUGAUUCACGUAUCAAAGAAUUGGAGACACAGAACGAACAGUUACAGGCCCUCGUAGACAAGUACAAGAGGAUAAUAGAUGAUACGGAAGGUGUUCUGGGUAGACUUCAAGCGGACGUUUCUCGUGAGGAACAACGCUGGCAGCAACAGCUCGCGGAGAAGCAGCGGCAACUCGACCAGCUGAGGUCUACCACCAUCAUGCAGAUGCAGUCCAAAAUAGAUGCGCUUGAAGCCGAGUUACAGAAAUUACAAACGAAGAACCACAGUAACUUUGCAGAUGCUGAAAGGAUUACAGAGGUGACUUGA